UCAGAAGCCAGCUCUGCGCUAGGGGCGUGCCCAGCCCCCGCCAAGGCGCCAGCCCCACCCGACCCACGUGGGCCUGCUUGCGCAUGCGCUGAAAGAAGCCGAAGGGGACGCCGGGAGCAGUCUUGCGCUGUCAUUUAGGCUGGAGUGCCGUGGCGCAGUCUCAGCUCACUGCAACCUCUACCUCCUGGGCUCAAGUGAUUCUCCUGCCUCAGCCUCCCAAGUAGCUGGGAUUAAAGAGUCUUGCUCUGUUGCUUGGCUGGAGUGCAAUAGUGUGAUCUCAGCUCACGGCAGCUGCCACCUCCUGGGUUCAAGUGAUUCUCCUGCCUCAGCCUCCUGAGUAGCUGGGAUUACAGGAAUUUCUUCACAUGGCUCCUGAAGAAGUGACCAUCACAGUUCGCCUCAUCCGUUCUUUUGAACAUCGCAAUUUCAAACCUGUAGUGUAUCAUGGAGUGAAUUUGGACCAAACUGUAAAGGAAUUUAUAGUAUUUCUAAAGCAAGAUGUCCCUUUAAGGACCAGUCUGCCACCACCAUUCAGAAAUCAUAAAUAUGAUACACUAAAGAUUAUUCAUCAAGCCCAUAAAUCAAAGACAAAUGAACUUGUGUUGAGUUUGGAAGACGAUGACAGACUCCUGCUGAAAGAAAGCAGCACUCUGAAAGCAGCUGGAAUCGCCAGUGAAACCGAAAUUGCAUUCUUCUGUGAAGAAGAUUAUAAGAACUACAAAGCUAAUCCCAUUUCAUCCUGGUGAAAACAUCUCUGGGGCUUCCUUUUUGCAUACCUGUAUUAAGCUCUUAUUCCACCACUGAGUUUUAAAAUUGACAAACAAAUCUUAAAAAAUUAAUCCCAGGCUCUACUCUUUGCUAAAAUCUGUGAUUUCUUUCUCUCCAGGUCUUUCUUUCCUUCUCUCUUUCUUUUUCUUUCUUGUUGUAAAAUGAUAUGAGAAAAACAUUAGAUUUUCUGAAAGUGAAAUAAAUCGUUAUUAAAAAUUA